CUGGAUGGGAGAACGAGGAUUGCAGUAGAUGGGACUACACGGCAGAACAAUGCAUGGAGGCAAAGCGGAACGCUAGCAGUUUACGUCUAAAUUACACUGAAGAAGAUGGUAGUAUCUACCAAUGUUCUAAGUAUGCUCUCGCUGAUGAACUGGACUUCCAUCCAGGACUAGAUCCUGAGAAUUAUAACGACACCGAUAUGAUUGGCUGCAACGAUGGUUGGGUAUAUAAUACCUCACAGUACAGAUCGUCCAUCAUUUCUGAGUUUGAUUUGGUGUGUAAUUAUGAAGAUCGUGAUAGCUUAGCACAAUCACUUUUCUUUGCUGGAGUUCUUAUUGGUUCCGUGCUCUACGGUGGACUUUCAGAUAUAUUUGGACGUCGUAAGGUUCUGUUCGUUGCAUUGGUGGUGCAGUUUGGCUGUGGGUUGGCAGUAGCCUUCUCACCCAAUUAUUGGUUUUAUACCAUAGUCCGGAUUGUCUUGGCUUCAGCAAACAUGGGUGUUUUUCUACUUGCAUUUGUCAUUGGUACCGAGUUUGUUGGUCCAAGUAAGCGAGUGAUAGCAGGUAUUGUGAUAAUGUUGUUCUUCUCCGUCGGUUACAUGCUUCUAGCUGUUUUAGCCUAUUUUAUUCGUGAUUGGUGGAUCUUACAACUGGUCAUCACUGCGCCUAUUCUUCUCAUGUUUGCUUUCUUCCCAUUUAUUCCCGAGUCUGUUCGAUGGUUGAUUAGCAAGGGGCGUACUGAGGAAGCUACCAGGAUCAUCAAGAAAGCAGCAGAUGUGAACAAAGCCAAGCUACCUGAACCAAUAUUCACACAAGAAGACGUCAAGGAACAGGAGACAGCAGCAAGUGGUCCCCAGGCUACAGCACUCGAUCUCUUCCGCACUCCUAACUUGAGGAUUCGAACACUUAAUCUCAUGUUUAAUUGGUUUGUUAACACUAUGGUUUAUUACGGACUAUCACUGAGCACCUCUGACCUUGGUGUCAAUGUCUACAUUGCUUUCUUCAUAUCUGGCGCUGUCGAGUUUCCUGCCUAUCUCAGUUGUAUAUUUUCUAUUGAAUAUAUUGGACGCAAGUGGAGUAUGUUUGGUUACAUGGUGGGCGGUGGUAUCGCGUGUCUGUUAACCAUUUUCACACCUAUUGGACCAUGGCGUACAACAGUAGCAAUGAUUGGAAAGUUUGGUAUCUCAGCAUCGUUUGCUAUCGUCUAUAUCUUCUCAGCCGAGAUCUUCCCCACGCCUGUCAGGAGUGUAGGUAUUGGAAUAUGUUCAAUGAGCGCUCGUAUUGCCGGGAUCUUAGCCCCUAUCAUACUUCUGUUAGAUAAAACAUGGAAACCCCUUCCUGUUUUGGUCUUUGGAGUAUUGUCGAUAGCUGCCGGUGUUCUUGCCCUCCUCCUACCCGAGACUCGUGGGGAGCAGCUUCCAGAGACUCUGGAAGAGGGCGAGCUGUUUGGAACCAAAGAGAAGGAGUACGAGAUAAAGACGGAGCCCAAGUUUCAAUACAAGAAAGAUGCAGAGAGUGGCGUCAUCAACCAUGCAUUCGAUCUGGAAACUGAAAACGGAAAAAUUUAAUCUUAAAUCUUUCAUUGGAUUGAUCGUCAAAGAAGGUUGUUUCACCCUUUUAUGAAAAAAAGUUCUUGUAGAUUUUCAGUAAUUUUUAAAGAAUAUGUAUUUUUUCAUAUGUAAAUGAGUUUAAAUGCAAAUUUAUUCUGUCAUAACGUCACAUAAAAUGAGACAAUGGUAUCACCUGGACGGGGUAUGGGUUAGUUUGGUCUGCAAACUAUAGUAAUUUGUCCAAUACCUGGCAGCUCAUCCAGGCAAUAAUGAUAAUAAAAAUAACGUUUUAUUUACCCAGGGUAGCCACUUCAAUCAUAAGACUGCUCUUCCAUCGGACCCUGCAUAACAUAAUAUGUUAUUAUUACCCUUCUAUUAUAAGUCUUUGGUAUGACUCAGCCGGAGCGGAACCCACGACGCGCCGUUCGUUCAUGAGGCGGACGUUCUACCACUGAGCCACCAGGUGCAUCAAGUUCAUUUAUUUUUGUCUUGAAAUUGAAGUUUGUGGCAAUUUAUUGGUUUUGAAUUGUAUAUUGGAUAUCAUAUCUGCCAAAUAAAAAUGAUAAAAUAAUAAUAAAAACAAAAAAUGUAUUAUGAUAAUUAUUAUUAUCUUUAUUAUUGUUAUUGAUGCUGGUUUGGGGUUCAGUUUCGAUGAGUUGCUUUUGAAACAAAUUUGAAAACUCACUAUUUUCUAAACGAUUUAGCUGUCUUUAAAAAAGAAUCGACGCAAUGCUACGGGUUAGGAGUGAGUAGGGUAGCAAACCUUGAUUAAUUUUUCCAAUAGUGAAUUAAAAAAGCACCAG